GGUAGCGUUCGUUGGCUGGGUUAACUCGGCCCGAAUGUCAGUCUUUGUGUGUUCGCUUUUCGAUCUUCUGGUAGCUGAGGAAAAAUUUACUAAUAACAUUUAUUAAUUAUUUAAACAGGAAACACACUCGAUUUGCCAAGAGGAAACAUAAAAAUUACAAGUACACACGUUUAAUAACGCAAAUAGCUAAACAAUAUGGCUGACGUAAUGAACAUUGAUAGCAUCAUUUCGCGUUUGUUGGAGGUGCGUGGGGCAAGGCCUGGAAAGAAUGUACAAUUAUCAGAGAGUGAAAUUCGUGGUCUAUGUCUGAAGUCGCGCGAGAUAUUUCUAUCGCAACCCAUUUUACUUGAAUUGGAGGCACCAUUAAAGAUUUGCGGUGACAUACACGGCCAGUAUUACGAUUUAUUGCGUCUCUUUGAAUAUGGCGGCUUUCCUCCAGAGUCAAACUAUUUGUUUUUAGGAGACUACGUUGAUCGUGGCAAGCAGUCUUUGGAAACUAUUUGCUUGCUUUUAGCCUAUAAGAUUAAAUACUCCGAAAAUUUCUUCCUGUUGCGUGGUAAUCAUGAAUGCGCAAGCAUCAACCGCAUCUACGGAUUUUACGACGAAUGUAAGCGCCGCUACACUAUAAAGUUAUGGAAAACCUUCACGGACUGCUUCAACUGUUUGCCAGUGGCUGCUAUCGUUGACGAGAAAAUCUUUUGCUGCCAUGGUGGUCUCAGUCCCGAUUUGUCAUCAAUGGAGCAAAUUCGCCGCAUUAUGAGACCUACCGAUGUUCCCGAUCAGGGGUUGCUUUGCGAUUUGCUUUGGUCAGACCCCGACAAAGACACUAUGGGCUGGGGAGAAAAUGAUCGUGGGGUAAGCUUCACAUUCGGCGCUGAAGUGGUUGGUAAAUUCCUGCAAAAGCAUGACUUCGAUUUGAUUUGCCGUGCACAUCAGGUGGUUGAAGAUGGAUACGAGUUCUUUGCUAAACGACAAUUAGUGACGCUGUUUUCUGCACCAAACUAUUGCGGUGAAUUUGACAAUGCCGGCGCUAUGAUGUCUGUGGAUGACACGUUGAUGUGCUCUUUUCAGAUAUUGAAACCGGCAGAUAAACGUAAAAAAUAAGCGAAACAAAAAAAAACAAUCGCUGCUGCCAGUGCACUAAUAAAAACAUCAACAACUAUAUACACACUCUUAAUUAUGUCUUAAAAAAAAUUAAGAGCAGCAAGCAUGAGACGGAUUAUUUGUUAACAUACAUAUUUGAAAUAAAAAGUCUAAUGAAUACAAAAGAAAACUACCAGAUUUACAGAUAUGAUGCCAAGUGGAAUACAAUAGAGCAGACGAGAUGAGAUAAAACAAAAAUAAGAUAUUAAAAACAAUCAAUUAUCAAAAAUACAUUUUCUUAAAUUUUACUUACAUGUAAUAUGUCCAAGUUUGUAACUUAUUAGAAACUUGCAUGAAUAAAUCUAAAACAAACCGAUUGACAA